UUUUUGCCUUUUCGGCUCAAAGCUUAGCUGAGCUUCGCCUGGCAGGGGACUGGUACCGGCACUUCAGGUGUGCUUUCAGGCGACUACCAUGAUGACAUCGCACAGAGGGCAUUGGACUAAACAUUGCGGUAUCAGGACAGCAGGAGCGAGAGUCAUCGGAAGCCAUAUUCGUGUUCGAAAACAUCCCAUUUUGCGCCGAAGCUGGCAGGUGCUUUCUGUCGUACACCAUUGGUAAUUGGUACCUCUACCAAUGCGCUGCAAGAAAACACCGCUGUCAUAUCCUGAAUUAGUAUCGGUUUCCUGAACUUGUUCCUGGAAAGUUAGCACCGGUAAGGGUAAGGGCAGGUCCAAGGGUGUGCUACCACUUUAUCAGAUCAGGCUUCAGCGCAUCCACACCCCAAUCGGCUCAGAUUUGCCCAUGCCAAUUGGGCGCGAUCGUAGCAUUGGCGUCACUGGUUGCUAUCGCAAAUACUAUGUAUGUCUGCUGGUGAUACACAAUGCGUGGAUCAGGGAACGGCAGACUCACACCAGUCCAACCGAGCUUACCAACUCCUCUCUGUGAAGGCACUUGUGAAGAAUUGUAGUGCCAUGACGUCUCAUCAACGUGGAGAUGGAACGGUUCUUCAUCGACGUCGCCAGGGUAGUGAUGGAAUUCUUGAAUGGCACCCAUUGGCCACCAACAGCGUACGGCGCCAGCAUUGGCGAAUGUUCAAUGGAACGCGAUCAUCGGGGGAGGCUCCUCCACGUGCGAGGUUCAGUGCAAUGCGGAAACAUGGAUUGACUGUGGACAGUUUUGUGGGUUCAACUCAGGAAGCCUUAUAUUUCUCAAGAUUUCAGCACGGUGCAAGCUGUCACUGCUGACCAUCCAGUCAACGCACCAGGGCCGAGCGCAAAGCCGGCUGAAAGACAGAACCCGCGAUUAUAUCCUCUCGCCUUGGAGCAGAAUGCAGGUCAAAGGCCAAGGGUUAGCAGGAGGCGCGUCCUCAAAUCCAGGAAAAUUGUCAGAGGAGAGUACCCAUGAAAGCUGUGUGGGAAAAUGUGAGUCCGUAUCAGUUGAGACAAGUGUCAAUUCUCAGAAACUGGCGAAAGUAAGUUUAAGUAACAUGUGCUGAGCGCAACGCUGUAUCCUCGUUGAAUACGAUGAGCAUCAGAGAUGAACACCAGGGGUUACUGUAAAAAACUGUUAUGAGUUCGCCAGCCAACAUUGAUGACUUGCAACCGAGAACGAUCCGACAGCGCAACGUGCUAAGAAGCUCACCCGGCGCGGCAGUGAGAUUCUUCCAGCAUGUACGCUGUCAAGCCUUGCCUCAAAACCCCCUUUUCCCCGUCACCCAAAGGCAAAGUAAAAACGGUGAUCUCGAUCGUUCUUCGUUCUUCCUUUGCUCGGUCAUCUAUCUGGGGGUCAGGCGACAUCAGCAAGUCCAGCAACCCUUUGGCGCAAGAUGUUAGCGGCAUUUACCAACCUCAACUGGCAUUGGGAUGGUCCACGUUUGCUGGUGCUGGAACUCGCUAACAAAACCCGCGCCUGGACAUGUCACCAUUGUACUCUGCAGAUACUCACUCGCACCUUGGCCCGGAUGCAACAAUGGGCCAGCCCUUAAUCAAGUGCACACAGUGUACAUUCGUAUUCCCAUCCGCUUGCUUCCGGUUUUGCGCGGUUAGUAAUCACUCCCGGCUACGACCAGGUUGCGGUUGGCUCGAAUGCUUCUCGCGUCUCAGCCACUUCGGGAACCCUACGCCUGCCAAGGAAGAAUAUGGCGCUUUGUAAUGCCGACUUGCAACCCCUAAAUAGUCCAUGAUACCUAGACGAGGAUCUUACAGCAGGGCUGAGUGGCAGACUAUCCCCGGUAUCCGACGGUAUACGCCCUCGCGUUCUCAUAGAAAGCGAGCACGAUGCAAGACAGCAAUGGACAUCUCCUCGGAAGCAACUGGUCGGGUACAAGUACUGCAGGUAUAAAAACCAAUUUGGUCACAGCCAUUAAGUGUGGGUGUUGUCACAGAUCCAAGCCAAAUAUCCCAUCUCUCAAGCGAUCAAGCCAUCAGCGGCUUCCUUCAAUAUACCAUGUCUAGCACAACCCUCCCUAGCACCAUGCGUGCGUUGUUGCACAACCAGAAGACUCAAAGUCUCGGUAUCGGCUUCACUCCUCUGCCGAAGCCAUCUGCAGGUCAAUACCUCAUCCAGCCUGAUGCGGUGGCAUUAACUCAGGGUGAACUUCUCUGGCCACGACCAGAAGACCUGACUGUUUCCAGUCCAGGGGUCGAGUUCGCGGCACGCAUUGUCACCUCUCCUUCACCGGCAUCCAAGUUCCAGCCCGGAGACCAAGUCUACGGUCGUGUAACAUUCCCACAACCCGGGGCUGCUCGAGAAUAUUCUGUCUCGAAUGAUGAGGAGCUUGCACUGCGCCCAAAGAGCAUGUCCAUCGCGGAAGCUGCCACCGUCCCGGUCAGUGCACUCACCGCGUGGCAAGCCUUCUUCGAGCAUUUCGGUUUAACUCCGCCCACGGAGCCACGGAGCCACCAUCACUAUUCGCCGCCCCGUAUCCUCAUCACUGCUGCGUCAGGAGGCGUGGGCAUUUGGGCGGUUCAGCUUGCCAAAUUGAUCGGUGCGUAUGUUGUUGGCACCUGCAGCACUUUAAACCUUGGAUUUGUCAAGGACCUCGGAGCUGAUGAGGUCCUCGACUACAAGCACACAAACAUUCGAGAAUGGGCUGAGGAGGACGAGGCACGCAAAGUUGAUCUUGUGCUCGACUGUGCGGGACGCGCGUCACUCGAUCAAGCAUGGUUUGCCGUCAGAGAAGGGGGCAAAGUUCUGACUAUCGUACCACCGGCAGACAUGCAGUGGAAGUUUGUCCUUGACCGGCCGGAGGGCGUGAGCGACUCAGUUUCUGGCAACUUCUUCGUAAUGCAUCCGUCUGGCGACCAGCUGAGCAAAAUCACAGAGUUGGCCGAGCAAGGUAAGGUAAAGGCUGUGGUAGACAGUGUUUGGAAGUUUUCGGAGUAUCAGAAAGCUUUUGAGCGUCUGAGCUCGGGUCACACAAGGGGGAAGGUGGUAGUCACCAUUGAUAACGAGGAAUAAGCUUGGGACAUCGAGGCAUGAAUAGAGUGAAUAGACUUAUAUAUGUUAUAUAUAGGCCGCUCUACUCGUAGAACACCAAGCAUCGCACCUCAAUGCUCUGCCGCCCAGGUGCAUCCGCCGGCGUUUCAGGAUCCACGAAUGCUGUGUGUGGCGUGCAGUCUGCCAAACCAGGCCGGCCGCCCGGGUUAGCUUGGCUGAAAGAAUCAAAACAUUUGAUGAACAUUGCCUCGUCGGGCGUCAUAUCUUUCUGAUAAUAAAAUCUGUGGUUUUCGU